GUUUAGCUUACUCUCCAAAGAAACUAAUGACCAACGGAUAGUCGUUGAACCCUCAUUUAACCACAUUAGCGGACACUAGUACCCGAGAUCGACCUGUGAAAAGAAGGGCGAUGGAGGCAGUCAAGAAGGGGACACUUCAGAUCAAGACAUGGACUAAUGCUUCUUCUGCUGCAGCCGAUCUGUUAGCUCAUUUGAUGGAUUCUUUACUUCCAUGUACCGAAAGUGCCAUUGAAAGCAUUCGAGAACAAACCGUUGGUAUUCUAGACAGGUAAAAUUUUAUUAUAUUUUAUAAACGUUAAUAUGUACAAAGUAUGCCAAUUGUUUAAAAGCUUGAUAGCGAAAUGCGAACAAGGCGGGAUUGAUAAUACGGUAGUUGAAAAGCUGCUGAGAUCGGCAUUGAAGAGAAUGCAAGAGGAAGGCACGGAGGAAAUUCGAGUUGGAUGGAUGGAUUUGUGUACAACCUUGUUGCGACAGUUAAAAAAGAUCACGGUGACGCUCAGUGAAUUGAUGAUGGAUAUUGCACAGAUGGCGGGAAAGGAUGCCUUUUCUGAAGUAUUGCAACGUGAUGCUAAAUUCAUUCUGUUGUACGCCCAAACGCAGCCUAAAUCCACAGACUAUGCCUGUGAACGCAUGAUUCGUUUGACCGUACCAUUACUGGUGCAUCGACAUACGGCAGUGCGCGUACUGGGUAUCAAGGCCAUGGAGGGGGUGCUUUUGGCUUCUCCUAAAGGCUUACACUUGUUGUUUGAAGAGAGUCCGGAAAGACAGCCUAUUGUACCCGCUUUGGUCUAUGAUGCUUCUCCACUGGUUCGAGAUCGUUUAUUUUUGAGUUUGGGUAAACUUUUGUGUGAUUGGAGUCCUCGUGAUAGAUACCAAUACGGGGAAAGAAUUUUACCCAUUAUCCUUCAAGGCACUUUUGAUGAAUUGCCAUCUGUUCAAGUCACUUGUAAAUCCAGUCUAAGUGGAGUAGGUCAGAGCUGUGCUCGUGAUCUAUUCGAAGCUGACAUCAUACACGAGAUGCCUACAGAUCAGGCACUGUCAGAGACCAUAGGUUUAAAACAGUUGGUGCAUAUUUGUUUUGAUAAAAGUUUGCUCGAUUUGUUAGAGAAAAGCACUGAUUUUAUUACAGUAAGACAAGAGACGGCCUUGGAUGCGCUGUGUCUUCUUUUAGAAUACGCACACCUUGAUGACAUUGUGAAGAAUAUCAAAAAGACCUUACAUUACUUGAUGUUGGUUUAUGUGAAUAAACCCGAGGUAAGAGACAGAGUCUGCAAGAUUCUCGAACAAUUGGGCUUAGUUUUGCCCUCAGCCGACAUCUUUCUGGAUGUGUUGCUUGGUCGUUUGGACAAGACCUCAUUGACGUUGGAAGGCAAUGGAGCUAGCACGGUUGCCGUUACCAUGGCAUUCUUGAAUACGUUGGUGCGAUCUUCAGAUACCGCUUCGUUUAAACGAAUCGAUUUGGUACUCAAGAAACCUUUUGUGCAGGCGUAUAUCAAGGAGAAUCGAGAAGCCUUGGAGGAAUACGAAAUUAUCAAGGCCAGGAUAGCUGACCUUCCAUCUCGUGGCUAAAGGUUUUUUUGUAAUAAAAAGGCUAGUUUUGGACAAAUUAUCUAUAUUAAAAACGGAUGGGGGUCCCUUUUAUUUUUUGGUCAAACAAUCAUUAAUUUAUUUUUAAAUUAUCUAAAUAAAGAUCUUUUUUUCAAUGUCCA